AUGAAUCCUAAAUGGUUAGAUGCCUACCAUGACCCAGUAGCCUCUCUGUAUACCUUCACUCAAUGUUUAACUCUAGCUGAUAUUCAGGCUGAUUCAGACUGGAAACUCAUCAUAGCUGAUCUGGGUACAGGAUCCUAUGAUAUGAAACUUAAAGUCUAUAAAAAUACAAGUCUACUGAGUGAACAUGCUAUAAUAGAUCUACCUACAGGUGUUGUUACAUUUUAUAUGGAUACACUAGAACCAAGAACUCCAGCUAUUGCAGUAGCUUCUGGUCCGUAUAUUUAUAUUUAUAAAAAUCUACGACCAUAUUUCAAAUUCACAUUACCUCCCUUAGAAGUCAAUCAAGUAGAGAAAGAAUUGUGGGAACAGGCAAAAAAUGAGAAUAUCAAUAUUUCAGUUUUAAGAGACACAUUAGAAGGAUUGAGGAAUGAAGGUAAUCCACUAACAGUACGCUCUAUGAAGUUUCUACAACUGGAGAGUUCCGAUAUGGAAGCGUUUGCUACUUUACAUAAACACUCUCCAUUAAAAAGACAGACUGUAAUAACAUGUCUAGAUACUCUGAAGAAAUCUCUAGCAGAUGAAGAUGCUAUAAGCUGUUUAGUUGUUGGAACAGAAAACAAGUUGAUCUAUAUACUAGAUCCUGAAGCUUUCACUGUUCUUGCUACGAUGGAUCUACUCAGUGUACCUGUAUUUAUCAGUGUUAAUGGUUUAUUUGAUGUAGAGUAUAGACUAGUGGUAUCUUGUAGAAAUGGCUGUAUUUAUACUUUAAAAAGAGGUUCUAAAGAGGGUAGUAAACACUGUAUUGAGUUGAAUUCACAGCCUGUUGGAAUGGAACGUAUUAAUAAAACUAUAUAUGUUGGUUGUAUGGAUGAAACUUUACAAUGUUAUUCCUCCAAGGGUAAGAAGUUAUGGACAGUCAAGCUACCAGCUAGUGUAACUACUAUGAAAGCUAUUGACUAUACUCCACGACAGUUGAAGGCUCUACUAGUAGCUCUGAGUAACUGUGAGGUUCAUAUGUAUAAAGAUAAAUACCUAGUAGAUAUUAUUAAAACUGAGGGUAUUGUUACUGGCCUACAGUUCGGUAGAUUUGGUAGAGAAGAUGGUACAUUGGUUAUGACAACUAGAGGUGGUGGAUUGUUUGUGAAGAUAUUAAAGAGAUCAGCUAAAUUUGAAGAGAAAGAUGCUCUAGCUGGUCCACCAGCAGCACAGAAUGUUAAAAUCAACAUGCCGAAGAAAACCAAGUUAUUUGUUGAUCAAACUAUGAGAGAAAAGGAGAAUGCUGUUUCAAUGCAUAGAACAUUCCAGAGAGAUUUGUAUUUAUUACGUCUGAACACUGCCAGGCAGUAUGUUAAGGCUUUAGAGAACAGUAUGAAUCCUAUAUCAUCAGACCCUACAGAACCUCUCAAACUCUCAGCACAGAUUCAAGGAAUUGGUCCAACGUUUAAACUGACAGUAAAUCUUCAGAACACAUCUCUCAGUACACCAGUUUAUAAUAUUAUUAUUACGUUUCAUUUUGAUGAUAAACUAUAUUCUUUUAGAAAUAAAUAUAUAGAGGUACCAAUGUUGGUACCAGGGUUGAAUUAUGCCUUUGAAACAUUUAUAGACUGUUUAAAUGAUAGGGGAGUCUCUGAUAAUGUCAAGGUAUUUGUGUUAAAGGAUGGAAAGAGUGUUCCCAUAGUUACUGGAGUUAUCAGCAUGCCUGUUAGUGAAGCUGCAGCAGUCGCUUAA